CCUGACACAAGACAGACCCGUCAGACUGGUCUAGUAACCGCUUGGUGCCGCCUGUGGGAAAAACACGGAAGAGUUCAUUCAAGGCGUUUGGGAUCGGCACGGACACACGUACACACGUACACGAGUUUCCCCCGGUAAACAUGCUACCGUGAAGCUUCUCCAAUGCGCCCUCGCGUUUUACUUUCAUUCACAGAGGUUUCAAGUGGAGAUGUCUGGACACACAGUACUGCAUGGACUGAUACUCUUAUAUUCAAUUCACCCGCUCGUGCUCGCAGAGAAACCGGAUGAUGGAUGUGGUCAUUAUGUCCUGGGCCAAGAGAGUGGUGUCCUGUCCUCCAAGAACUACCCAGGAACUUACCCCAACAACUCCUGGUGUGAAUGGCAGAUCCGUGUACCCAUCGGCCACACCAUCGUCCUCAAGUUUGGAGACCUGAACAUGGAGGAGAAGCACUGCGAGUCAGACUAUUUAAAGGUUCUAAAAGGAUCAUAUGGCGCGGAAAAUGUGUACUGGGAGUACUGCGGCGGUCCGAUGCCCAAACCUACUCAGAUUCACACGGACUCCAGUGAACUGACUGUCCGCUUUCGUAGCAGCCAACACAUUUCUGGAAGAGGGUUCCUGCUGUCAUACUCCACAGAAAACCACAAAGAGCUGCUGACAUGCUUGGACAGAGGCAGUCAUUUCCCAGCAUCAAAGUACAGGAAGUACUGUCCGGCCGGAUGUGCAGCGGUGGCGGGAGACUUGUCUGGGGACAUUUCCCUGGGCUAUAGACAUACAUCAGUUUUGUGUAAAGCUGCGGUGCAUGCUGGGGUCAUCAUGGACCAGUUUGGAGGACCAAUCACAGUGGAGGAGCGCCGAGGGCUCAGUCACUACCCUGCGGUCAGGGCCAACGGCAUCCAGUCAAAAGAUGGCUCGCUGUCUGAAACCCUCUUCACGUUUGUGACAAACGAUUGCAGCCAACAGACUGUUCUUCAACCGGUGGGCACAACUACAAGCUUGUCAUCACACAAUAUCUCCUCUGAUGGGUCUGAAGUUGACUGGUUCCCUAACAGCACCCAACCGGGUAUCUCCGAUGACCUCAACCAUAACCAUCCACAGUGGCUACAGAUUGAUCUUGGGGAAAAGAGGAGGAUCACAGGUAUUCUGACCACAGGCUUGACCAUCACAAACUUUGAAUAUUUUGUGAAAAACUACAAGAUCGAGUACAAGGAGAGGAAUCGCUGGCGGACAUUUGUCCAGUAUAAUAACUCUAAUGAUAUGAUUUUUGAAGGAAAUACUGACAGCCUCCACCAAACACGCAACACCUUCCAUCCCUCCAUCGUAGCACGAAGCAUUCGUGUCAUACCUCAACAGUGGCACCGGAUAAUUGCCAUGAAAAUGCAGUUGCUGGGCUGUCCUUAUGUUAAACCCAUCCCAGUGAAUUCAUCGUCUCAGGUGACACAGGAGGCUCAGCCUACUCAGCCAAUUCACAAUGACAUGACGAAACCAGUGCCCUCUCAAGCUGAUCUUGUUAAUCUGGUUGUAAUAAUUGUGCCUACCAUUCUUCUUGUGAUCCUGCUCCUGGUGGGAAUCUGCCUGGUUAAAAUGCUAUACAAUAAGAAGACAAAGGAAAACACGUACGGCUCUGCGGAGACACAGCAUACAGGCUGUUGGAGACAGAUAAAACAGCCGUUUGCCAGACACCAGUCCACAGAGUUCACUAUCAAAUACAGCUCUGAGAAAGACCCCAUCCAGAAGCUGGACCUGGUAACCAGUGCAAUGGCAGCCGAAUACCAGCAGCCGCUCAUGCUCGGAACAGACACCGUCUCUCGAAAAGGCUCGACGUUCAGGCCCAUGGACACCGAGGCCAAAGACAAGGACAACGAGGCUACUUCUCACUACGACCACCUUCAGACGGGCAUCCAGUACGCUUUGCCACUGACCAAUCAGGAGCCAGAGUACGCCACGCCCAUCAUCGAGCGCCACGCCUUCCGCAAAGAUCCCUUCCUUCCUGAUCCCAGCUACAGCGUCCCAGGGGUGGUACUAAACAAAAGCCCGUCGUUUCGAGCAGUAGAGGGCAGUAACUGCAGGAAAGUGAUCGGAGGACUGGCUGGGGGCUACCAGACACCCCAGAUCAAAAUAGACAGGGGGAAUUACCCAGAGGACAUCUACGACAGCCCUAAAAUCGCGAAGCCCGUCGUGAAGAACGGGAGUUGCUUGGCGUACCAAAAACCCCAGAUUAAGUCCCCGGCGCAGGAGUGCUAUUCCACUCCCAGAGACUGCGUCAGACUGCCCUUCUCUGGACUCAGACCAGACCCGGAGGGCAGUAGGUCCGACCCAGAAGGCAGCAGCUCAGAGGGAAGCUGAGAAGAACCAUACUGUGAUGUUCCAGAUUUACCUGACUCAACAAAAUCACCUCCAGACUCUUCUUAACUUAUUUGUGUAUGAGGGACUCCUUGUUUUUGUAUUUCUGCAGUUGUAAAGGACAGCGGAGGCCGUGAUCAGUUUGUGUAAUUUAACGUUUGUUUGUAUAUAUGAGAUACUUUGUCUUGACCAAUCAAGAUUUUUAUUUUUUAAAUGAUCCUGUUUGUGCCAGUUUUAUUUUCAAUCAAAUGCAAUAUGCAGAGAUUUGCAGGGAUAACCGCGAUGAUGCAUUUGUUCCCUGCUCGGACACAAACUGUGAAUGUGAGCCAGAUUUUCAUGUAUUUUACAAUGUGACCAUCAUCUCUUCUCUGAACAUCCUUAAAGAGUUAGUUCACCCAAAAAUUACACUCAUGUCGUUGCAAACCCAUAAAACCUUCGUCCAUCUUCGGAACACAAAUUAAGAUAUUUUUGAUGAAAUUUGAGAGCUCUUUGACUCCUCUAUAGACAGCAUUUUUCAAUGUCCAGAAAAGUAGUAAAGACGACGUUAAAACAGUCUACGUGACUGCAGUGGUUCAACCUUAAUGUUAUGAAGCGACGAGAAUACUUUUUGUGUACAAAAACAAAACAAAACAAAUCUAUCAAACAAAUUCGUCUCUUCCCUAUCGUUCUCCUAUGCUGUUGACGUUCAGAAUCCUGACUCAGUAUUGGCCGGCUCCUGCGUCAGCAUCACAUGCAUGCGUCGUGCUGCUCACGUGUGCAGUGUUGGCCAAUACCGAGUCGGUGUUCUGACGUAGAACCUGGAAGUGCUGAACGUAAACAGCGUAGGAGAAUAACAGGGGAGAAUCAAAUUUGUUGAAUAAAGUAGUUACUUUUGUGUUGUUUUUGUGCACAAAAAGUAUUCUUGUCGCUUCAUAACAUUAAGAUUGAACCACUGCAGUCAUGUUGACUAUUUUAACUAUGUCUUUACUACUUUUCUGUACCUUAAAUUGCUGUUUAUGGAGUCAGAGAGCUCUCGAAUUUCAUCAAAAAUAUCCUAAUUUGUGUUCCAAAGGUGAACGAAGGUCUUACGGGUGUGGAACGACAUGAAGGUAAUUAAAAUGUUCAUUUUUGGGUGAACUAACCCUUUAAAGGACAACUUUGAUAUUCAAUCAGCUUUGUAUUAUGACAAUGUCGGUAAUAUAUGUAAAUGAACAAGCUGUGCUCUUUCUCCUUGUGUCCUACACCAUGAUAGCCCUGUUUAUUUGUCAGCAAAAGACAUUUUUUGCGUUAUCUGGUGGGCUUUUGGCGACAAACAAACGGGAAGAUCUGGAUGCAGGUAACAUGGUGAAAGAGUAUACAUUGUUCACUUACAUAUACUGUACUACCAACAUUGUUGUAACAAUACAGAGCUGUUUGAAAAUCCGCAAAGGUCUACAGGCAGAUAACAACAAGAUAUUACAGCAAGAAGAUCUCCUGGUGCAAGUAGGAGAUCUUUGGGAGCUUUGUGGCUGGAGGAACGCAAGUUCCUGGACAGUUACUUUGGUCGUUCUCAUAAAAGUUGAACUAAAGGCUAUCUCUAUACCAAUAAAAACACAUGAAAUAAGGUGAAAAUGUCGAUCUACGCAAUCUAAAAUGGAAGCAAACUGUGUUGAUACAAUAAAAAUGCAAGCAAAAUGAUCUGAAAGUGAUCUGAUUUUGACAUGCCACUCAUUUCCAAUGUAUAUUGGGUGUAAGGGUUGUUAAUAUCAGCCAUUUUGGAUGAUUUUUCAUCUCAUUCUGUUGUAUGCAAUUGCAUUGUUGAAUCUCAAAUGUUCUGAUCUUUGCUGAAUAUUGAUGUUGAUUUGUGUUGUUUUGGACGCCCCUGGUUUCCAUAUGCAAAUUGAGCAAUAACAGACUAAAAUUUCUUAUCUGAUGCUGUUUUUAUUUGGAUUGUCUAUAGGAGUAUAAAGUAUGUAUGUACAGUUUUGAAAUGUAUAUUUAGUUAAAAAGCAAAAAUGAGAUGUUACUUUGUUCUGUCAAUGAUUUAGUUCACCCAAAAACUGUUUAAUUCAUUCUCAUUCCAUUCCAAACCCAUAUGAAUUUAUUCUUCUGUGUGUAUUUCCAAUAAAAUUAAAGUCAGAGGCUGUCAUUUUUGAAGCUUCUGAUAGAAAUUUUGAAGAGAUAGAGUCUAGUUUGGAGUAAAUGAUGACAGUAUUUUCAUUUUUGGGUGAACUUUCCUUUUAAGCAUCCAGAAGAUCUGGGAGUUGCUGCUGUUUAAAGGACAAUCCUUGUUAAAGAUUACUGACAGGUCUUAAUUUCUGUGAAAUGUUUUGGCGGAUGUGCUCGAUGGUUAAUGUUUGAUAUGCCAUGCUGGUGUGUUGAAGUGCUGUGCCACUGAGAAUCUCAGUGCUGUUUGUGCCUGUCUAAACCCUGAUUAAAAGCACCAGCAGUUCAGCA